UUUCUCCACCUUCUUACUUUUAUUGUGAUUCUAAAAUGUAGAAAUUAUGAUACACAGCAGCUGUAAAACUAGAGAGACUGUUGGCCAUGCUGGCUUGCUUUAGAUUUACACUAGGCUGAUUGCUGGUUUGGUCCUGGAGCAUAUUAACUAGAUUUACACUAUUAGGAUGAUGCAAAUGGCAGUGGGUGGGUAGACCAAACCAGUGAGUUUCUUUGAAUGUCUAGCAGCAGAAAUACCCAGUGGGAUUGUGAUUAACUGAGGGAGAAUGCUGCUUUAUAUUUUCCAAUAGUUUUGGGGAAUCAGGGAUGGAGAAUUCAUCAUGUGCUUCAUCACUGAAGACAGCUUACACUUGCAAAGUAUAUUCCAUUCAGCCAUAUUGUGCAGCAGUGGCAUUUCCCACAAAUACCGGUUAACCUCUUUUUCAUGUUGUAUUGUUGUAACUAAGCGCAGAAUCUAUAUUAGUGUGAACAGAAUCUCCUGUUAUAGGCCAAGAGUAAAAAAGAAGUGGAAGCUAAAGUGGGUAGAAAGGAAAAUUAAAAUUAUGGUAGAGGUUGAGCUAAUAAUUUAUAAAAAUCUCAUCUCUGACAAGUACCUGUCUGCACUUUUGCUCCUUGCUGGGUUUUGUGCUGCAUAUUGUGGACUAAUUCUUGUUCAGCCAACAUCUGUCAGGCAUAAUAAUUUCAAGCAUUAAUCCUUACAGGAAUUAACCAGCUUGUUAGUGAUGACCUGAGCUAGAUAGUUUCUGGGGAUUAUUGCUAUUUAAAUCUUACCUACCUUUCAAACAGUACCAAUAUACCGGUCUGGUGUUUUAUUUUCUUUUUCUGGGGUGAUACGUCUUUAGAUUGCCACCCCCUCUAUCACUUCUACCACGCGGUAGGAGGCAGAGAGGAAAUCCUGUGCUGCCUCCGCCAUGAGUAAGGAGGAAGCUGCUGGUUUCUCUUUGUACCAGUCUGGCUCGUGCUGCUAGCCAUGCUGAACCGCUGUCAUAACUAAUGCCCAGUGGAGGCCAAGCUGGAUUGCGCUUGCCGUGCUGGAAACCCAUUUGGGAACUUUGAUGAAAUCACUACAGACUUUCACCUACCUGUUUCUGCAGAAUUCCCAGGAUUUUGCUUCUUCAAAUGCAAUGACUCAGCAGCUACAGGAUGAAUUUGACAGUAGUGUGGAGAAUGCAGAAGCGUGGAUGAAGGCCAUCCAAGAGAGACUGAGUAUCAAUGACAACACCAAGGGACCUCGAUCUGCCCUAGAAGCCAGAUUGAGAGAGACUGAGAAAAUACGUGCACUGGAACCUGAAGGCAGCUUGAAAAUUGACUUGAUUCUUGUGAAGGCAGAUGCUGCCCUUCGCAGGAUCAGUGAGGAUAAGAAGCAUGAGAUACUGUCUAAACUGAAAGACAUUAAAGCCUUGUGGGAAGAGACAGCCAUAUACAUUACUCACUGUCACAGCCGUAUUGAGUGGGUGUGGCUGCACUGGAAUGAAUACCUGAAAGCCCAAGAUGAGUUUUACACAUGGAUUCACAACAUGAGUGUGACCUUGGAGCCUGACAUUGAGUUGCAGCUUGGCUUAAAGGAGAAGCAGUGGCAGCUGAGCCACGCUCAGGUUCUGCUGAAUGAUGUCUUAAAUCAGUCAGUCCUGCUGGAAAGACUGCUAGAGGAAGCUGCUUCCUUGUUCAGCAGGAUAGGUGACUCCAGUGUUGAUGAGGAUGUUCAGAAGAAAAUGAAGAUGGAAUAUGAAAAAAUCAGGGAGCAAGCUGAGAACAGAGUGAACCUGCUUAAAAAGAUAACCAAGGAACAUGAGCAGUACAGCGCUAAUGUCAACUGGUUUCAAUCAUGGCUGAAUGGUGUGACGGAAAGAUUAAACUCCUGCAUUGGAGAAGCAACCGAGUAUUCGGCAGAGGACAAGUUAAAGGCACUGAAGGAAAUUGCCAAAAACAUUAGGAGCGGUGGAAAGAAAUUAGACCAACUUGAAAAUGAGUGUGCAAAUGUGACUGAGAAUACCUCCCCACUUGGAGCUGAGAGAAUGAAGGAUGAACUUGAAAUGCUAAGAAAAGCCUUGGAGAAGUUGAAAUUGCUGCAUAGUGAGGAGGAGGAGAGAUUGCUCAAGAUCCAGGAGUCAGAAAGUGCCUAUGAGUCCCAAGCCAGACAGUUAGAAGCAGACAUCAAGGUGUUGAGAAAAUAUCUACAGAAAUUAGAAAAUCACCUAGAGCCUGGGGAAGGGGAAAAGACUGAAGAUGAGUUUGUAACCCUGUGGAGAAAAUGCAAUGCAACAAGAGCAGCUCUGGCUGCAGAAGAGUCCAAUGUCGAGAGACUGAAGGCUCAGCUUAAGGAACUGCUACGGUUUUCCCAAGAUGUGCAGCCACACACUGAGAGUGUUGUCUCUGCAAUACAGCAGUAUCAAAGUGUUAGAGGCAAGACAUCUAAAAUGAGCACUGAUACAGAAACUGAACUGAGAAGACUCUUCCAAAAUCCCCUGCUAGAUUUUGAACGGUGGAAGCCAUCAGUCCAGAUGCUCCUGGAGACUCCAGAGCCAGCACUGGCUUGCAUUGAGGCUGGUCUAGCUGAAAGCUCCCGCUUCAAAGAGAAGUUCAUGACAUUACAGCUGAAGAAGGAUUUACUAAACAAUGUCCUUGGUGAGGAAAAAGCAAAGACUUUCCUGCAAGAAGUAGCUGAAGCUUCAAAGAAGAGAGAAAUUAUACAUGAAAGUCUGAUGCAGAGCAAGAAGACAAUCCAGCACUUUGAUGCUGGUUUCGCACCUUUGCAGAAGAAAUUAUCUGCCAUUAAAGCUAAGUUGGAUCUAGAGAAGGAACUGAAACCUGACCUCCUGGGUAAAAAGACACAACUCCAGAGACUUCAGAUGAUCCAAGAUGACUUGGCAGAGCUUGUGGCACAAAUGGAGGAGGUAGAGAAGCUUGUUCAGUCAAAUACCACCCAGAAGCAUAAAAUGAACCAACUUUCAUCUGACUCCCAGGCCCUGAAGAUAGCACUGAAGAUGAUGAUACAACGGAGUGAAGAGCGCAUUCAGAAGCACUGUGCAUAUAAAGACAAACUCUCUGACCUUCAGCAGUGGAUCAUACUAACAACGGAGAUGAUUGAGCCCUACCAGGGUGCUGAAGGAGACCAGAACACUGAGGGCCAGGUGGCAGACCUUAAGAAAUGGCUAGCUGACUUACCAGAUAAGGAGAUCCAGCUGUGCCUUGUGAAAGCUUAUGGAAAGCUAGUCAUGGAGAAUUCUUCCCCAGAGGAGACUGCCCAUGUCCAGGCAGAGCUGGAUCAGCUGGAGGAAUCAUGGAGACUGCUGAAGGAGAUGGAAACUCGUCUUCUCAAGAAGUGGCAGUUAAGUAAACCAGUGGUUGAUAAUAAGAAGAAAAUAGAAUUUGCAGACACUAGAUGGAUGUCUGGACCUGUGUUCCAUCAUUCAGGUGUAGAUCCCAACCAUAAGCAGGAGAGGAUUGAAGAAGGGCAACAUACAAGCAGCUACUUGAAGCUUCUACAAGAAUUUGAAGAGUGGUUACAAGGAGAAAAAAAGAAACUGACCAAAAUUCUUGAUGUGGCUUCAUCUUCCACAGAGGAAAUUAAAACACGCAAGAGCAAACUGGAGGAGCUGCAGUCUCGCGUGCCUGAUGGUCAGCAUCUCUUUGAGGAGCUUCUUCAUAGUCAGCCUGUCACUGAAUAUUCUGAAGAUCUGGAGGACCUCCGUUACCAGUGGAUGCUCUACAAAUCUAUACUGAAAGAGUCCAUGAGUACACUGAGUCCUGGAACUUCUGAAGAACCAGACAGAUUCAGAAAGAAGUGCUCUGGAGGUGUGUGCUCAUUCCUGCAUCGAGUGUGCUGGGCAGCACUACCAUUGCAACUGCUCCUCUUGCUCCUCCUGCUCCUGGCCUUCCUCCUGCCCUUGGCAGAGGAGACCCACAGCUGCUCUCUGGCCAACAACUUUGCUCGGUCCUUCCACCUGAUGCUGAGACACAAGGGCCCACCUCCAACCUAACUUCCUGGCAUGGCACAAGGUGACUGUCAGAAAUACAGACUUUUCAACAAUUGGAAGUGUUGCAAUUUCAGGGCUUCUAACAAGACCAUCAUAUCAACUGGGUAGGUCAUAUAAAUGCAACAUAAGAUUAGUCCACUUUAAUCAGGUAUAUGAGCAAAAUUAAUAUUUUUGCAAUAUUUUAUUAUAUUUAUAAUGUGUAUAUAGAGAUUGUGUAAGUAUGUACAUAUCUAUAUGUAUAACAAAAUGCAUAUCUGUGGUCAAACUAACAUCCACCAUUCACUCAUCCACUGUUUAAGGAUAAUCCUGCAAUGUUUCUGUUUCUACCACCUUUCAGCAAGGAAUACUGAAAGAUGGUUUUGUUUUGGGGGCUUUGGGGUGAUUUUAAAAGUCAGAUUCUUGUUUACAACUGAAGUCAGAGCAGGUAUGAGAAGAUGUGGACAUGCACCAGAGUGCAAACUGGAGAGCAGGCACAGUAGAAUAAUGUUUGAAUACAGUGGUUGACAUUCAGCCCAAGGAAAAUUGGAGCUAUUCUAUUUGAAAUCUUGGGCUGGGGUUCGUUUGGGUUUUUUUUCAGUAUCAGGAUGCAGAGACUGCAGGAGGUAAUGGAAAUGUUUCUACUGACUUCAGUAGGAGUGGGGGUGGGCCUCCUCUUGUUCACAUUUUUUACCAGAUUUCUUUCCCAGUUACUGUGUUCUCCAGCCCACCUGAAUCAGCAGAGGUAGACUACAGUAGAAAUAAAGCAAAGAAAAAAGUAUAUAUAUAUAUAUAUAUAUAUUUAGCAUCUCUAUAGCAGAAGAACUUUUAAAAUCAGGUCAUAAUUUUCUGAACAAAUUUGUGAACACUGAACAAAACCUUGUGUCAGUGAUCUUUAUAAAAAGCAGUGGGUUUGGUUGUGUUUUUUUUGUUUGUGGGAUUUUGUGGUUUGGUUUGUUGGGGUUGUUUUGCAUUGUGAAGAGGCAUUUCAUAAUGGAUCAUAAAGCCUGAACAGUGGGAUGCAGCCUGGCUCAGUGUCAGCAGAGCAGAAGUUGGAAAUACUUUAAUAAUACUGCCCUGUAAACAAGAUUCCUUCUUAGGAUGUUUUUUAGUGUUAAUGGUUUGUUAAACUAAUAUAAACUGAUUGUAUCAAAGACAGUCAAGCAUAGAUUUCUAUAUAGCCUAAGAUGAUGACAACUUGCCAUUUAUUUACCUAAGCUUAUGCCUGAUCUAUCAAAUUUUUGAAUAUACAUUUUAAGAUUGCCUUUAAUUUAAAAGCAAUUCUCACUGUA